AUGGACCCAGCGAAGCUCGCAGCUUUCCUUGCCGUCGCUGUCGUUGUCGGCGGCGCUGUUGCCGCCGCACCGGAUUACUCCGGCGGCGCGCCCGCCCCAGAAAGCUGCCAGACGCAAAUCACAUACUUCACCAACUGCCUGGCCCGUUCUGAGAUCCGUGGGCAGUGCUGUAAAGUGGUCGAGAGCCGCAAGUGCCUCUGCCAGCUGAAGCAGGAGGUGGCGCUGCCCUGUAGUCUGCAUCGCCACCAUGAACGCAAAUGCUCCAAGGAAGAGCAGGCUCCACCGUCGGUGAAACUGGCCGAGCUGCAGCGCCUCCCAUGCUUCAAGACACUCAAGUGCUAG